UGGGGCGCUCUGGCCGGUCCGGAGGACUCGUCGUCGGUGCCCGCGUUUUUCCUGGGCUCCGGUCGGCGGUGGGCGGGUCCGCCGUGUAGUCCGCUGUCGCCGCCGUCUGCUUCGGCGCUGGGUUUUUAGGCCAUGGGGCAGCAGGAUGUGUGGCGUCUCCUGUCGAGGUUCAGCGCCCUCAGAAGAGCCGGGGUUGUUCUGCAGCAUCUGAGGAUGUCCGUGCACACAGAAGCCCCGGAAGUGCUGCUGGAGAGGAGAGGCUGUGCAGGAGUCAUAACACUGAACAGACCCAAGUUCCUCAACGCUCUGUCUCUCAGCAUGAUCCGGCAGAUCUACCCACAGCUGAAGAAGUGGGAACAAGACCCUGAGACGUUCCUGAUCAUCAUAAAGGGAGCUGGAGGAAAGGCCUUCUGUGCUGGAGGAGACAUCAGAGCACUCUCAGAAGCUAAAAAAACAAAGCAGAAUUUGACUCAAGAUUUUUUCAGAGAAGAAUAUACCCUGAACAAUGCCAUUGCUUCUUGUCAGAAACCAUAUGUCGCCCUCAUUGAUGGCAUCACAAUAGGUGGGGGAGUUGGUGUUUCAGUUCAUGGGCGAUUCCGAGUGGCUACUGAAAGGACCCUCUUUGCAAUGCCAGAAACGGGAAUAGGGCUCUUUCCUGACGUGGGCGGCGGUUAUUUCUUGCCAAGACUUCAAGGCAGACUGGGUUACUUCCUUGCACUGACCGGGUUCAGACUGAAAGGAAGAGAUGUGCACAGAGCAGGAAUCGCCACCCAUUUUGUAGAUUCAGAGAAGCUGCACAAGUUAGAGGAAGAGUUGCUGGCCUUGAAGUCACCCUCGGCAGAAGAUAUUGCGGGUGUCUUAGAAAGCCACCAAGCACAGUCCAAGAUGGAUCAAGACAAAUCUGUCAUAUUUGAGGAACACAUGGACAAAAUAAACAGUUGUUUUUCAGCCAGUUCUGUGGAACAGAUUAUUGAAAACUUACGGCAGGAUGGUUCACCUUUUGCCAUACAACAAUUGAAGGUGAUUAACAAAAUGUCUCCGACAUCCCUAAAGAUCACACUGAGGCAGCUCAUGGAGGGCUCUUCCAAGACCUUGCCAGAGGUACUGACCAUGGAGUAUCGGCUAAGUCAAGCCUGUAUGGAAGGUCAUGACUUCGAUGAAGGCGUUCGAGCCGUUCUCAUUGACAAAGACCAGAGUCCCAAAUGGAACCCAGCCAGUUUAAAGGAAGUUACCAAUGAAGACUUGAAUAGCUAUUUUAAAUCUCUGGGAAGCAGUGAUCUGAAAUUCUGAGGUGGCCAGACCUCCUAAAGUUUAUUUUGGAGCAAGGGUCAGUAAACAUAUCACAGAGGCUGGCUAGGUCUCUCAGCUUGCCCGUUUCCAGCCUGCAAACUGAAAAUGGUUUCCUCACUUUUAAAUUGUUGGGAAAUGAAAAGACUAAUGUUCCAUGAUAUGGUGGUCACCUGAAGUUGAAGCACCAGUGUUUAUAGUCAUUCAUGAUACAACAGUUAGCUGAUGUCAAAGGCCAAUGUUUCUAGAACUUUACUGCAGCAAAACCAUCCUUGUAUCUAGGCUACUGGAAGUGGUCAUUGUGUGGUGGUUUGAAAGAAAAUGGUCCCCAUAGGGAGUGGCACUAUAAGGAGGUGUGGCCUUGUUGGAGGAAGUGUGUCACUGUGGACUCUGAGGUCUCCUGUGCUCAUGCUACACCCAAUGACACAUUUGCAUCUGCUGACUAUGGGUGAAGGAUAUGGAACUCUCAGAUCCUUCUCCAGCACCAUGUCUGCCUUGUCUCCAUGAUGAUAAUGGACUCAACCUCUGAACUGUAAGCCAGCCCCAAUUAAAUGUUUUCCUUUUAAGAGUUGCCAUGGUCAUGGUGUCUCUUCACAACGAUAAAAACCCUAAGACGCCAUGACAUAUACUGUAUGGCCCUCAACGUCUCAAGUGUCUCCUGUGAUCUUCAUCAGAAAUGACUUGCUGGGCCCUGGUUUAAAAGAUGGGAAACUCUCAAGUACUUCAGAGAGUCUUCAGUUACAUUCUCUCAUUAAAAUGGUAACUUUGGCUUCCAAUGGUAGUUUAUAUGUUAAUUAAUCAAAGUAUGUAUAGAUUAUCAAAAAUAAAGACCCUGAAAUUUG